AUGUCAGAACCACCAUCUUCAUCAUUUCCAACCAGUGUCGACCCUGAUGAACUGACGAACAAGAGCAGCAACGCCACGAUUCUCGAAAUUGGAAAGAGGAUUGAAAAGAAAAAGCACCAACAAGAUUCUUAUCAUCCCGAGUUGAACCAUUUCACGACCGACCUUAUGAAUAGCAGCUGCUGUAUGGUAGUUGUUCAUCAUAAUUCAAUCGACGAACAAGCAGCAGCAGUAAUUGAACUCCUCCAUGAAGUUGCACAACAAGAAGAACCACAAUUUAAAACUAUGGCGAUGAUACUCCUUGAUGAUGAGAUGAAUGGACAAGCAGCAGCAUCACACACAACAACAACUACAACAACAGACUGGAAUGAGAGCAUUGUUCAACUCCUUUCUUCCUAUCCACGAGAUGGUUCUCUCGGAUAUGGAUGGGUCAAGCCAACAUCCAAGAGUCCUCAUCAUCAGAGCCUCUCCUCGUCUGUACCUUCCUUUCCGACCUCUCCAUUACUAUCCUCCUUGACUUCUUCUUCCUCCAUGAGCAGUUGCAAUUCCACUCCUACUUCCUCCUCUAAUACCAGCUCAAUACUAUCUUCGUUCAUCAUCACGAACAGUUCGUCCACAAGUCUUUCAUCCUCUCCCCAUGAUAAUGUUGAGCAACAGUCCCAUCAUCAUCAACAACAACAACAACAACGUCUAUGGAAUGCUCUACAGACCUACCUCCCUCAAAUCUCACUCCGUAAGCCUCAUACGUCGCGACUCAUAGCCACCAUUUCAGAAUUGGCUCGACUCGAAGAAGCAGAAUCAUUGAGGAUGAAUUUGCCCAUCACGAGUAGUGUAUUUGACAAUGGUGUCAAAAACCUGAAUGCAUCGUGA